AUGGCACGGCAGGUGCGGUCCUGCCUGGGCCUGCCGGGGCUCCUGCAGCCCGGUCGGGCCUGGGGUCUGCGUCUUCCCACCCGCCCCUCGGUGUCCAGCGUGGGAGCUGAGUCCCGGGGCCGGCAGGGUGAGCUCCGGGCCUGUGAGGGGGCCGCCCAUCCCUCUGGUGGGGCUCCAGGCAGGCCUGAGGAGGAGGAGGCCAGGGCCUGGCAGCGGAGGAGGGCUGUGGAGGGGAGGGACCCGGGAGGGCAGCUGCAGGGAGCACCGGCUGGGACCUUCGCUCCUGGGCAAGCUGGGAGGACUUCUGAGCUGGUGUCUGGCCGGCAGCUGCAGUCUGAGGACCCAGAUGCAGAAACGGAAGAGGACCCCUCUGUGACCGAAGGGCCGGUGGACGAGAUCGUCCGGCCGAGGCCGCAGGGGUCCUCGCCGGUCUACGAAUGCACUGCUGAGGGUGCCGGCUUUGGACUCCCGGGGGAGGACACACGGAGAAGGCGGGCUUCCUCGGGCUCGGGGGGUCGGAGGUCCUGGUGGAAGCGAGAUUCGGGAGACGCUCGAACGUUUUCCAGGAUGAGUCGUCGGCAGUCCGUGCAGGAGGCGACAGAGGUGACGCUGAGGACAGAGGUGGAGGCCGGAGCCAGCGGCUACAGCGUCACAGGGGGCGGAGACCAAGGGAUUUUCAUCAAGCAGGUGCUGAAGGACUCCUCCGCCGCCAAGCUCUUCAGCCUAAGAGAAGGUGAUCAGCUGCUCAGUGCAACCAUAUUCUUUGACAACAUUAAAUAUGAAGACGCUCUCAAAAUUCUUCAGUACUCAGAGCCUUACAAGGUUCAAUUCCAAGUCAGACGGAAACGUCCUGCCGCAGGGGAUGAGGAAGGGGUCUCCAGUGGCGCUCAGCCCGGCCGCAAGGACAGUGAGACGCAGGACAAAGAUGUCGCCAAUGGGUGCACAGAGACCCCCACGAAAACUGUGGAAGGAAGUGGAGACAAGGAGAGACUGAUCUCCAAGCCCAGGGAGGGCAGGGGCAGGCCGUCCCAAAACGAGAGGCUCUCCUGGCCCAAAUUCCAGUCAAUAAAGACCAAGCCCAGGUCAGGGCCGCGGAGGUCACACAGCUCUUCAGAGGCCCGUGAGCGAGGACACCCACCUGACAUGUCCCCCACGAGCACAGACACAGAGGCCCAGCUCCCAACAGAGGAGCAGGAGCAGAAGGCAGGACCGGACGGCCAGCGGAGGAGAAGAUUCCUGAACCUGCGAUUCAGAGUGGGCUCAGGGAAGGGUCCAACACCGGGGGCGAGGCCGAGCACAGAGGUCCAGUCCGGGGUCCUAGAGGAGGCAGCAUCCUGGGAUGACAGCCAAGAGGGCGCCAAGGCCAGCACAGACAGGACGGUGGAGGGACCAGAGGGGACAUCAGCUCUCACUGCCCAGCAACCCGUGGAGCCGGGCCGCCCCAGCGAGGGAGCCUUGGGGGACGGGGCCAGCGUGGCACCCAGGCGCCGAAGAAAGACAAAGGAAGCGAAGGACCAGGUCGACUCUGUGUCAGAUGGGAAACCCGGAAAGGACUCAGGCCCAAAGCCAGGUGGAGAUGGCCACAGAGAAGCGGUCCAGGGCACAGAAACUGGGAUUGCCACAUCGGCUCUGCAAGGCAAAGUGGACACACAGGGCCGCCAACUGGAGUUCCAAAUCCAAAUAGCCGAUGUCAAAACGCCCAACUUUGAAUUCUGCAAAGAAACAAUGCCAGACGGAGAAGCGGGCACAGCAGCACGACUGCAGGGACCCAGACACGGAGGUCCUACAGCAGAGGCCACGGGCAUCAAAGAGCAGCCGGACCACGGACCAGGGCCACAGUUGGCCGGAAAGCCUGCAGGGCCCCUGACAGAACGGGAGGAAGGAGGAGCAGAGGGAGCUGAGGCAGGGCACGGAGAGGCACACGCCGAAGACGGGGACACACACGCACAGGGCAGACAGGAGAGGAAAACUAGGUUCAAAUUCAAAACACCCUCAUUCGGGUGGUCUCCAGGAAAGGACAUAAAAUCAGGCCAGGAACAAGACAGAGAAAUGGAGAGCACGCUCACCAUUCUGACCGCACAGACAGUGGCCAGAGUCAAACAGUCAGAACGCGAGAAAACAAAAUUAGACACACCUGAGCGAGACUCAGGAGCCACAGAGGGAGAAACAGAGGGUGUUCGGACAACUCAAGCCGAUUUUACUCUGGGAGACAGGGAGGUGGCCGCCAGAGACAGCAAGUUCAAAAUGCCCAAGUUCAAGAUGCCAUCCUUCGGUGCCUCCGUGCCAAGCAAGUCCUUGGAGGCCACGGUGGACGUGUCCCUGCCCAAGAUCCAGGCGGAAGUGUCCCUGCCUUCCAUGGAAGCUGAGGUCAAGAGCAAUGAUGUGACUGUUGAGCUGCCAUCUGCUGACCUAGAACUCAAGACAUCCACGGUGGGGGAGAAGGUUCCAAAAGGCCCAAUACCUGAAGGGGAGCUCCAGGAACCCUCAGCAGGAGCCGGGGUCAAAGGGCACCUGCCCAAGGUGCACAUACCCAGCAUGAAGAUGCCCAAAGUGGACUUUAAGGCGCCCCAGGUGGACAUCAAGGGGCCCAAGGUGGACCUGAAGGGCACCAAAGGGGAGGUGAGGGCUCCCGACGUGGAUGUGACCCUGCCCAGUGUGGAGAGGGACCUUCAGGCAACAGAUGCCAAGCUGGAGGGUGACGUUACCCUGGGAGACAAGGAGGUGACCAGCAGAGACAGCAAGUUCAAAAUGCCCAAGUUCAAGAUGCCAUCCUUUGGCACCUCAGCCCCAAGCAAAGAUUUGGGAACAUCCGUGGACGUGGACGUGGACGUGCCCGUGUCCAAGGAUGGCACAGAGGCCAAACUGCCCUACCUGAGAGGGGAGAUCCGAGCCCCAGAGGGCGCCAUGCAGCUGCCUACUGCUGAUAUCGACCCUCGUGGGGCAGAAGUGGAUAUGUCCCUCCCCAAAGGACACGUGUCUGUGUCUGGGCUGAAGAGUAAAGCAGAAGGGCCCAGGAUCAAGGGCCAGCUGCCUGAGGUACAGAUGCCCAGCAUGAAGAUGCCCAAGGUCGACAUCAAGGUGCCCCAGACGGACAUCAAGGGGACCAAGGUGGAAAUCAAGGAACCCAAAGGGGAGGUAAGCAGGCCCGACGUGGAUGUGACCCUGCCCAGCGCAGACGUGGACGUCCAGGCACCCACCGCCAAGUUGGAGGGUGACAUUACCCUGGGAGACAAGGAGGUAACCACUAGAGACAGCAAGUUCAAAAUGCCCAAGUUCAAGAUGCCAUCUUUCGGUGCCUCAGUGCCAAGCAAGUCCUUGGAGGCCGCGGUGGACGUGUCCCGGCCCAAGAUUCAGGCGGAAGUGUCCCUGCCCUCCAGGGAAGCUGAGGUCAAGUCCAGUGAUGUGACCGUUGAGCUGCCAUCUGCCGACCUAGAGGUCAAGACUGCCAUGGUGGGCAUGAAGCUUCCAGAAGGCCAAAUACCUGAAGGGGAGCUCCAGGAACGCUCGGCAGGAGCCGGAGUCAAAGGGCACCUGCCCAAGGUGCAAAUGCCAGGCAUGAAGAUGCCCAAAGUGGACUUUAAGGCACCCCAGGUGGACAUCAAGGCACCCAAGUUGGACAUCAAAGGACCGAAGGUGGACCUGAAGGGCCCCAAAGGGGAGGUGAGCGCCCCUGACGUGGAUGUGACCCUGCCCAGUGUGCAGAUGGACGUCCAUGCACCCACCGCCAAGUUAGAGGGUGACGUUACCCUGGGAGAAAAGGAGGUGACCACUAGAGACGGCAAGUUCAAAAUGCCCAAGUUCAAGAGGCCAUCUUUCGGUGCAUCAGCACCAAGCAAGUCCUUGGAGGCCGCGGUGGACGUUUCCGUGCCCAAGACCCAGGCGGAAGUGUCCCUGCCUCCCAUGGAAACUGAGGUCAAGACCAGUGAUGUGACCGUUGAGCUGCCAGCUGCUGACCUAGAACUCAAGUCUUCCACGGUAGAUCAUAAGCUCCCUGAUGUCCAGGUGCCCGAGGGAGAGUUCCAGGAGCCCUCAACAGGAGCCGGGUUCAAAGGGCACCUGCCCAAGGUGCACAUGCCCAGCAUCAAGAUGCCCAAAGUGGACAUCAAAGCCCCCCAGUUGGACAUCAAGGGGCCCAAGGUGGACAUCACGGGACCCAAAGGGGAGGUGAGCGCCCCUGAUGUGGAUGUGACCCUGCCCAGUGUGGAGAUGGAUGUCCAGGCACCCACCGCCAAGUUGGAGGGUGAUGUUACCCUGGGAGACAAGGAGGUUAACGCUAGAGACAGCAAGUUCAAAAUGCCCAAGUUCAAGAUGCCAUCCUUCGGUGCCUCAGCCCCAAGCAAGUCCUUGGAGGCCGCGGUGGACAUUUCCGUGCCCAAGAUCCAGGCGGAAGUGUCCCUGCCUUCCAUGGAAGCUGAGGUCAAGACCAGUGAUGUGACUGUUGAGCUGCCAUCUGCCGACCUAGAGGUCAAGACUGCCAUGGUGGGCAUGAAGCUUCCAGAAGGACAAAUACCUGAAGGGGAGCUCCAGGAACCCUCGGCAGGAGCCGGAGUCAAAGGGCAAUUGCUCAAGGUGCAAAUGCCAGGCAUGAAGAUGCCCAAAGUGGACUUUAAGGCGCCCCAGGUGGACAUCAAGGCACCCAAGUUGGACAUCAAAGGACCCAAGGUGGACCUGAAGGGCCCCAAAGGGGAGGUGACCGCCCCUGACAUGGAAGUGACCCUACCCAGUGUGCAGAUGGACGUCCAGACACCCACCACCAAGUUGGAGGGUGACGUUAACCUGGGAGACAAGGAGGUGACCGCUAGAGACAGCAAGUUCAAAAUGCCCAAGUUCAAGAUGCCGUCCUUCGGUGCCAAAGCGCCAAGUAAGUCCUUGGAGGCCGCGGUGGACAUUUCCGUGCCUAAGAUCCAGGCGGAAGUGUCCCUGCCUUCCAUAGAAGCUGAGGUCAAGACCAGUGAUGUGACCGUUGAGCUGCCAUCUGCUGACCUAGAACUCAAGACUUCCACGGUGGGUCAGAAGCUCCCUGAUGUUCAGGUGCCCGAGGGAGAGUUCCAGGAGCCCUCAGCAGGAGCCGGGUUCAAAGGGCACCUGCCCAAAGUGCACAUGCCCAGCAUCAAGAUGCCCAAAGUGGACAUGAAAGGCCCCCAGGUGGACAUCAAGGGGCCCAAGGUGGACCUGAAGGGCCCAAAAGUGGAGGUGAGCGUACCCGACAUGGAUGUGACCCUGCCCAGUGCAGACGUGGACGUCCAGGCACCCACCGCCAAGUUGGAGGGUGACGUUACCCUGGGAGACAAGGAGGUGACCACUAGAGACAGCAAGUUCAAAAUGCCCAAGUUCAAGAUGCCAUCUUUCGGUGCCUCAGCACCAAGCAAGUCCUUGGAGGCCGCGGUGGACGUGUCCCGGCCCAAGAUUCAGGCGGAAGUGUCCCUGCCCUCCAUGGAAGCUGAGGUCAAGACCAGUGAUGUGACCGUUGAGCUGCCAUCUGCCGACCUAGAGGUCAAGACUGCCGUGGUGGGCAUGAAGCUUCCAGAAGGCCAAAUUCCUGAAGGGGAGCUCCAGGAACCCUCGACAGGAGCCGGGUUCAAAGGGCACCUGCCCAAGGUGCACAUGCCCAGCAUCAAGAUGCCCAAAGUGGACAUCAAAGCCUCCCAGGUGGACAUCAAGGGGCCCAAGGUGGACAUCAAGGGACCCAAAAGGGAGGUGAGCACCCCUGACGUGGAUGUGACCCUGCCCAGUGUGGACAUGGAUAUCCAGGCAACCACCACCAAAUUGGAGGGUGACGUUACCCUGGGAGACAAGGAGGUGACCGCUAGAGACAGCAAGUUCAAAAUGCCCAAGCUCAAGAUGCCAUCUUUCGGUGCCUCAACACCAAGCAAGUCCUUGGAGGACGCGGCGGACGUGUCCCUGCCCAAGAUCCAGGCGGAAGUGUCCCUGCCCUCCAUGGAAGCUGAGGUCAAGUCCAGUGAUGUGACCGUUGAGCUGCCAUCUGCCGACCUAGAGGUCAAGACUGCCAUGGUGGGCGUGAAGCUUCCAGAAGGCCAAAUACCUGAAGGGGAGCUCCAGGAACCAACUGCAGGAGCCGGAGUCAAAGGGCACCUGCCCAAGGUGCACAUGCCCAGCAUCAAGAUGCCCAAAGUGGACUUUAAGGCACCCCAGGUGGACAUCAAGGGGCCCAAGGUAGACCUGAAGGGCCCAAAAGGGGAGGUGAGUGCGCCCGACGUGGAUGUGACCCUGCCCAGCGCAGAGGUGGACGUCCAGGCACCAACCGCCAAGUUGGAGGGUGACGUUACCCUGGGAGACAAGGAGGUGACCGCUAGAGACAGCAAGUUCAAAAUGCCCAAGUUCAAGAUGCCGUCCUUCGGUACCUCAGCCCCAAGCAAGUCCUUGGAAGCCGCGAUGGAUGUUUCCGUGCCUAAGAUCCAGGCAGAAGUGUCCCUGCCUUCCAUGGAAGCUGAGGUCAAGACCAGUGAUGUUACCGUUGAGCUGCCAGCUGCUGACCUAGAACUCAAGACUUCCACGGUGGGUCAGAAGCUCCCUGAUGUUCAGGUGCCCGAGGGAGAGUUCCAGGAGCCCUCAGCAGGAGCCGGGUUCAAAGGGCACCUGCCCAAGGUGCACAUGCCCAGCAUCAAGAUGCCCAAAGUGGACAUGAAAGGCCCCCAGGUGGACAUCAAGGGGCCCAAGGUGGACAUCAAGGGACCCAAAGGGGAGGUGAGCGCCCCUGACGUGGAUGUGACCCUGCCUAGUGUGGAGAUGGAUGUCCAGGCACCGACCGCCAAGUUGGAGGGUGAGGUUACCCUGGAAGACAAGGAGGUGACAGCUAGAGACAGCAAGUUCAAAAUGCCCAAGUUCAAGAUGCCAUCCUUCGGUGCCUCGGCACCAAGCAAGUCCUUGGAGGCCGCGGUGGAUGUGUCCCUGCCCAAGAUCCAGGCAGAAGUGUCCCUGCCCUCCAUGGAUGCUGAGGUCAAGUCCAGUGAUGUGACCGUUGAGCUGCCAUCUGCCGACCUAGAGGUCAAGACUGCCAUGGUGGGCAUGAAGCUUCCAGAAGGCCAAAUACCUGAGGGGGAGCUCCAAGAACCCACUGCAGGAGCCGGAGUCAAAGGGCACCUGCCCAAGGUGCACAUACCCAGCAUGAAGAUGCCCAAAGUGGACUUUAAGGCACCCCAGGUGGAUAUCAAGGGGCCCAAGGUGGACAUGAAGGCCCCCCAAGUGGACAUCAAGGGGCCCAAGGUGGACCUGAAGGGCCCAAAAGUGGAGGUGAGCGUGCCCGACGUGGAUGUGACCCUGCCCAGUGCAGACGUGGACGUCCAGGCACCCACCGCCAAGUUGGAGGGUGACGUUACCCUGGGAGACAAGGAGGUGACCGCUAGAGACAGCAAGUUCAAAAUGCCCAAGUUCAAGAUGCCGUCCUUUGGUGCCUCAGCGCCAAGCAAGUCCUUGGAGGCCGCGGUGGAUGUUUCCGUGCCUAAGAUCCAGGCGGAAGUUUCCCUGCCUCCCAUGGAAGCUGAGGUCAAGUCCAGUGAUGUGACCGUUGAGCUGCCAUCUGCCGACCUAGAGGUCAAGACUGCCAUGGUGGGCAUGAAGCUUCCAGAAGGCCAAAUACCUGAAGGGGAGCUCCAGGAACCCACCGCAGGAGCCGGAGUCAAAGGGCACCUGCCCAAGGUGCACAUACCCAGCAUGAAGAUGCCCAAAGUGGACUUUAAGGCACCCCAGGUGGACAUCAAGGGGCCCAAGGUGGACAUGAAGGCCCCCCAGGUGGACAUCAAGGGGCCCAAGGUGGACCUGAAGGGCCCAAAAGUGGAGGUGAGCGUGCCCGACGUGGAUGUGACCCUGCCCAUUGCAGACGUAGACGUCCAGGCAUCCACCGCCAAGUUGGAGGGUGACGUUACCCUGGGAGACAAGGAGGUGACCGCUAGAGACAGCAAGUUCAAAAUGCCCAAGUUCAAGAUGCCGUCCUUUGGUGCCUCAGCGCCAAGCAAGUCCUUGGAGGCCGCGGUGGACGUUUCCGUGCCUAAGAUCCAGGCGGAAGUGUCCCUGCCUUCCAUGGAAGCUGAGGUCAAGACCAGUGAUGUGACCGUUGAGCUGCCAGCUGCUGACCUAGAACUCAAGACUUCCACGGUGGGCCAGAAGCUCCCUGAUGUUCAGGUGCCCGAGGGAGAGUUCCAGGAGCCCUCAGCAGGAGCCGGGUUCAAAGGGCACCUGCCCAAGGUGCACAUGCCCAGCAUCAAGAUGCCCAAAGUGGACAUCAAAGCCCCCCAGGUGGACAUCAAGGGGCCCAAGGUGGACAUCAAGGGACCCAAAGUGGAGGUGAGCGCCCCUGACGUGGAUGUGACCCUGCCCAGUGUGGAGAUGGAUGUCCAGGCACCCACCGCCAAGUUGGAGGGUGACGUUACCCUGGGAGACAAGGAGGUGACCGCUAGAGACAGCAAGUUCAAAAUGCCCAAGUUCAAGAUGCCGUCCUUCGGUGCCUCAGAGCCAAGCAAGUCCUUGGAGGCCGCGGUGGACGUGUCCCUGCCCAAGAUCCAGGCGGAAAUGUCCCUGCCCUCCAUGGGUGCUGAGGUCAAGUCCAGUGAUGUGACCGUUGAGCUGCCAUCUGCCGACCUAGAACUCAAGGCUGCCAUGGUAGCCGAGGAGGUCCCGGAGAUCGAAAUGCCCGAGGGGGAGCCUCAGGAACCCUCAGCAGGAGCCGGACUCAAAGGGCACGUGCCCAAGGUGCACAUGCCCAGCGUGAAGAUGCCCAAAGUGGACUUUAAGGCACCCCAGGUGGACAUCAAGGGCCCCAAGGUGGACGUGAAGACCGCCGAAGGGGAGUUGAGUGCCCCCGACAUGGAUGUGACCCUGCCCAGCGUGGAGUUGGACGCCCAGUCACCCAGGACUAAGUCAGAUGUGGAUAUGUCCUCUCGGAACCUGGAAUUGUUUUCUAAAGGAAGCAAGUUGAAGUUUCCUAAAAUCAACAUUUCUUCUUCUGGUCACCCCAGUAGUAAGUCCUCUCUGGUCUCUCCACCUGUUGAGGGAAUUGCCAAAGAUGUUGACCUCAGUCCUUCUUCUGGCCCCAUGGAUCCCGUCGUACGUGCUCGUGAUGAGGAUGCCGUCCCAGUCAAAGGUGACGUAGGUCUCUCAAUUGGGAAAGAUGGAGGUCGAAGCAAAAGCAAAAAAUCCCAUUUUAAACUCCCCAAAGUCUUUUCUCCACCUGGGAAAACCCCUAAAGUGUUCUUAGCUUUUGGAGGAGAUGUUGCCAUGCGUUCGCCUCCGAGCGAGUCUGGGCAUGGCGGGUCCCCGGGGCUGUCCAGUACUUCUGAAACUUCCCUGCCGGAGUCCCGGCCCGGCUGGCUCAGUGGUCCCCGUGGGGAUUCCUCUAGCCUCAUUCCGGGUGAGGACGUCACACUUACAAAGUACCAGGUGACCAUCCCCCGUGACCCCGCCUCCCCCGAGCUGCCCUGUGUAGGCCUGUCUGGGUCCCAGGCGGAGUCUCAGUUGCCCAGCGUGGCCGGUGCCGUGGACUCCCCAUCCAGCGAGAAUAUUCUGCUGUCCCAGCCUGACGGCCACAGUGGCCCAGUGCACACCGUAUUUCCUGAAUCUUAUGGCCGCGUGACUUUUCCUAAAUUUCAUCGGCCAAAGUUCCAACUGUCAUCCCCCCAGUCAGCAGCUGGCAUGGCGGAGCCCGGAGCUGCAGAGGGUGUCCCCGCCCUGUCCCCUCCCCUCCCUGAGUGGGGACCGCACUCCUCGGCCAGGGAAGCCACGGGGUUCCCCUUGCCAGGCAGUCAGUUGCCGUCUGCAGGUGUCUCUGUGUCCACGGUGGCAGAGGGACAUGUGGGCACCGCGGGGACAUCAGCAGUGGCUGGAGGGGAAGCCCCAGCCGGAGACGCGGAGCCUGAGGGCAGGGGCGGUCCUGUGAGAGCACCAAGAGUCAAGCUUCCCUCUUUCCGCUGGUCCCCAAAAAAGGGGGCGGAGUCCAAAGCAGCCCCUGGACCCGCCCUGCCACCGGGGGUUUCCCUGCCACCAGCAGCAGCAGGUGAGGAUGUGAGUCUUGGGCAGGAGGGAGAGAAGGGGGUGGUCAGAGCACCCGCCCUCGCCCUACUGAAGGUCUCACCUCCCACAAUGACGGCUUCCACAGGAGGGGCCGGCGGAAGUGGCGGGGGCGGGGGUGCAGGUGCAGCAGCUGGGCCCCCAGAAGGAGCGGAGGUGACCCUCCGCCCCGCACAGGCCCACGCUCCCGGUGCCGGCUUCGUCGAAGAUGCGCUCAGACCCGCCGAGGCCCCGCGGGAGGCGAGCCUGUCCACCCGUGGCCCGUCCCUUGGAGACAGCAGCAGAGAGCACGGUCUUGGGGACAGCUCGCAAAGCCAGCUUUGUGGGGAGGUGAUGGCCCCCUCAACAGAGGUCCCCCUGCAGCCGUCCCGGACAACCCCAGAUGCCGCCUCCCCCACGGAGGGGAGCCCAGCGCGGGAGGCGCCAGCGGGAGUCACCCCGGCCGGCCCCAGGGAGAGCUGGUUUAGAAUGCCCGCACUGCGUCUGCCCAGCUUCAGGCGCCCCUCCAAGGAGAGGCCUGGGUCUGCAGGGCUGGGGGCUCAGGGGCCCGCGCCUGCCACCAGUGCGCCAGGGGAGGGACAGGCACCGACCACAGUCCGGAGUCAGGGUGUCCCUGUUCCUGAGUCCGAGGAGGAGACGACUGAGUGCCCGCGGCCCCUGGAGGCCGGUGCCGACGUGGGAGCCACUGGCAUCGAGGCUUCUCACACAGAUGUUCCGCAGAGGAAUCUAGACCUUCAGGCCCCUGCUGCCGGCAUGUCCGCUCCCGAGGUCAGGGUCCGGCCAGGCGCAGGCUCCCUGCCCCUCCGGGUGUGCGGGACACUUGCAGAGCCCCGUGGGCCUCCAGGAGAAGCAGGCCAGCGCCCCCUUGCUGGGACAGCAGCAGCGCAGGGCCCGGCCGGGGGCGCUGAGGAGCCGCCUCCCCAGCCCGAAGGCCCCCUCAGACUGAGGGCCUCCAGUACCGACGUGCCGUCCCAGGUUUCCGUGGUCAACGUGGGUCAAGUCUGGGAGGACUCUGUGCUCACCGUCCAGUUCCCCAAGUUAAAGGUUCCGAGGUUCAGCUUCCCAGCCCCCAGUGCGGAGGCUGACGUUUUCGUGCCCCGUGUCAGAGAGCUGCCGUCCCCACAGAGCCAUCCUGACACUGCCCUGCUCGGGCAAAGCCCCGGCGCCCGGGACGCCGGCGUCCUGAAGGCGCCCGAGGCCGUCCCCUCAGAAGCCGCCCCCAUCUGUAAGGUCAGGGUGCACAUUCAGAGCGCGGAGGCCGAGAGCAGGCAGGUCACCGUACAAAGCACGGUGACAGCCGUGUACACAGAGCUCUCGGAGCCCGAGGCUUUUCCUGCCCGGAUCGUGCGGGAGUCAGAGGUCCCUGCGUCAGAGGCCCAAACGCCUUCCUAUGGGUUCUCCUUACUAAAGGGGAGGGUCCCUGAGCCCACCGCUGGGUCGCAGGUACACGCGGCGACUGCGGACCCUGGGCCAAGAGGGCGCCUUCAGGAGCCAGCCCCAGGAGCAGGACCUGUUUCUGGAGACCCACAGCCUGACACCGGAGAGCCCUUUGAAAUUCUCUCUCCCGAUGGAGACGUGCCGGGAAUGCCAGCCUGCUCUUCUGACCUGCGCUCUGGCCAUGGGCGUGCAGACAGCUGUUCUGACGAGGAGCCCGCGGAAAUUCUCGAGUUCCCGCCGGAAGAGGGCCGGGAGGCGGCGGCUGCCCUGGCCGAGGAGGACGGGGCCCCCAGAGCAAAAGCAGAAGGUAAAAGGUCCUCCGGCCUGUUCCGGUUUUGGCUCCCCAGCAUCGGGUUUUCCUCCUCUGUCGCCGAGGCCAGCGCUGACCCCCAGGCCGAAGCCCCGAGACCCGCUCCGGUCCAGACGCAGCCCGAGGCGCGGCCGCCGCACCCGCAGGAGAGAGCGGGCUGGUUUCGAUUGCCCAGGUUGGGCUUCUCCUCGUCUCCCACCAAGAAAAGCAAGAGCGCGGAGGUGGAGGCGGAGACGGAGGCGGGUCCGGCCGAGCAGCACCUCCAGGAAGAGGCAGGCACCUUCUUUGACGCCCGAGAAAGCUUCUCCCCCGAGGAGCAGGAAGAGGGGGGGUCGGCGGAGGCCGCGGGCUCCGGGGCGAUGGUGGCCUCCGCGGCGAGAACUGAGCUGAUCCUGCUGGAGGGGGACGGAGCCGCCAGCCGGCCCCCGGCGCCCAGGCCCGGCAGCGAAUGAGGGCCGGGCAGGGGAGACCCUUCCCCGGAGGACGGGUGCCCAAACGAAAUCCCGACGCAGAGGCCCCGCCGCGCACGGGGCUCCCGUCCCGCGGCCCACGGGACUGAGGCACAGGGCGGCGGUGCCCGGACGGACGUGGCCCUCCAGGGCGGGAGCCCUGUGGGGACCCCCGGGGUGGCGGGGCCGCGGAGGGUGUAGUAGUUUCGCUGUCCUGUAGCCCCUGCCUGGUCCCGCCCCGUCUCAGGUGGAGUCUGGCGCCUUCCAGAGAGCCCCCUGCCUGCUUGCCUGUCACGAGCUCACUCCCGGCCUCACCCAGGCGAGCUUGGGGACGACACGCGACACACGCACGCGGGGCAGAGGGAGGUGGCUGUGGGCGGGUGAGCCAGCCGAGGGG